UAUACACGUCGUGUUGAUCGUUUUUCCUCUACACAUUUUGAUUUAUAUUCAAAAACGAAGAUUCAUUCGACAAUAUUGUUACUUUAUUAAUUUAUCUUUAUUUUUUAAAUAAACAUCAGUUAAAUUUAAUAAAAGGUCAAUGGAGAAAAUCAAUUUGAACCUUUCCAAUCGACCUAAACUAAAUAUCUUGGACAAACCGUUGAGCCGUGGGAAAGGUGAAGUUUCGCUGAGCUGUUAUGCAUUGCUUUUCUCCGAAGUGGUUCAAUAUUCUCAAAGUCGUGUCAAUACCAUCCCUGAUUUGCAGAAUAAGCUCCAUGAUCUAGGAAAAGACGUAGGAUGUAGAAUCAUUGAUCUCUAUUUCGUACGGGAACGAAGUUCCAAACGAGAAACUAAAUUGAUUAAUAUGCUAUUGUUCAUCAAAACUACACUUUGGAAGACAUUGUUUGGCAAGGAGGCGGACAAGCUGGAGCAUGCCACGGAAGACGAGUGCACAUACUAUAUCAUUGAGAAGGAGCCACUGGUCAACAAAUUCAUCAGCGUGCCAAAAGAUAAGGGAUCACUAAACUGUGCCGUAUUCGUGGCCGGCAUCAUCCAGGCGGUACUAUCAAACUGCGGUUUUACAUGUCAAGUUUCAGCCCACUGGCAUAAGGGGACGACCUAUAUGGUUAAAUUCGAGGAGCACGUUAUCAGCCGAGAUAAACAAUUAGAAGAGAAAUAAAAUCAAUUCCCGUAACAAUAUCUUUA